CAUGGCCGACGAAGACUCUGACAAGAUGUUGGAGUCCUUCGAUAGCCUGAGGUCUACGAGAAACAUGCCAUGAACGACGUCCAAGCAUAAGCAAAGCGUGAGUCGGAGUACACCGCCCGAGGAGCGAAGAAAGAGGAGCCAUCUCUCGAGUUCAGCGCACGUCUCGACGAGAUACCGCAUCGCAUGGGACGACUCAUCUCGCAAUUGCUGGCUACGACGCAGAAAGAGGUCUCCAAAUGGUGUCCCACCACGCGCCGCCAUAUGCUCCCUCUGAGCCUCCCAUAUCCGCACCACGAGCCUCGUCUGUGAUCUCCGGACGAUCGGCGACACGACGACAUCGACAUGCGCGCACCCACUUUGGUGGAUCGAGUUCACAUCUACCACAAAAUGAAUUCCCGGUCUUCUCUCACACCGGCGAUGUAGAGAUUGUGGUUCGGAAGGCAAGUGGCAGGAAAGAGAUGAAGUAUGUCCUACACAGGCUCAUUCUGAGUCAGUGCUCGGGCUUCUUCGAGGCUGGUACAAGAGCAGAAUGGGGCGGGAGGGCUAUAGACGAGGGUCCUGGUAGCGUGGGAGGGAGUCUUGCGCGCAUCAGUGAGGUGGAAAGCAUGACUGCUGGGAGCAGCUCUCGGAUGAGCAGUCAAGAGCGGAGACCAUCGUAUGAACAGAACGGCCGGAGAUGGAAUUACGAGCUGGACUGGGCGUCCGCAGGAGACGACGACGUACCCAUGCUGGUACAGAAGGACGGCACAUCGCAAUCGAUAUUUGGCGACUAUGCUGGCCAUCCACCCCCUGUGCGAAAUAAGCCUCCAGCAUCGAGUGAGAACUUCUUCCGAAGUGUGACAAACUUCACCUCGUUGAGCUUGAACGACAGGCCAUCACCAAGUGGACCGCCGGAGCCAGGUGACGAGAUCCUCAAGGACUACGACAAUCUGUUCCGAACGAUGUACAAUCAUCCGCCGAAUCUUGACACGAUCAAUAUUGCCACUGCGUACACUGAGUGCAAAGCGCUGCUACACCUCGCCGACAUGUACGACGCUUUAGAAAUCGUCGGCAGCAGAGUCGACCAUCAUCUCUUGCGAUUUGGCGUGAGACUGUUCAAGCAGAUCGCCAAAUAUCCACCGUCGUAUCUGAAGCUGGGCUACUUGGCGAGGUCAAAGACAAUCUUCACGGAAGCGAUGAUUCACGUGGUCGGACAGUGGCCUCUGGCUGCUCCACAACUACGAGGCCAGGUGGAGACAAGUGUAAUGGAGAUUAUCGAGGACAAAGUCGACGAGCUCAAGGAGAUCGAGGAGAAGGUGGAGUCAAAACUAUGGCGACUGAACCUUUCGACAAGUCGAGGCGAACGAGUCACUCCCACGAACGACUUCUUGAGUUGGCUUGCAAUAUCACUCUUCCGACAAUGGCUCGCAGAAAAUACCACUCUAGCGCCGACAGGCAUACUCAAAGACAACGGCGCAAGGCCGGCGUCCAAUACAAUCAGCCAACAGUCCACCCAACAACCACCUCCCCCUCCUCCACCCAUCAACACCGGCAGAAUCUACCGUCUAAUCGGCUCCAGCGACCCUUCGGCCUACCUCAACCGCGACGAAUUGAAACGUUUCCUCAAAUCCCCCGGCUCGCAACUCGGCAUCGAUCUGUACAAUCGCGACAACCUCAAACGCUUCGAGCGACGGGUGGAUGAGGUCAAGAACUUGGCGCGAGAUGUGGUCAAGCCGCUCAUGCGGAAUUUUCUGGAAUUGGAUCUGAGAGACUUUGGACCAACGGGCUUGGGGUAUUUGACAUGUACGAGGAUUGAGGCGAGGGAUUUGCCGUGGGAAGAAAUAUGA